AUGGGAGACGAGGAAGUUCAAGCUCUUGUCGUCGAUAAUGGAUCUGGAAUGUGCAAGGCUGGAUUCGCCGGCGACGAUGCUCCGAGGGCAGUCUUUCCCUCCAUCGUCGGGCGUCCCCGUCAUCAGGGCGUGAUGGUGGGCAUGGGGCAGAAGGACAGCUACGUGGGUGACGAAGCGCAGUCGAAACGC